UUCAUUUAGAUUGCCAGCGCUGUCUGUUAAGUUUGUGAAGGUUAGAGGAGCCGAUUCGGUUUAAAAAAAGCGUUUUUUAAUGAAAAAUAGUCGUGAUUUAUGUUGGUUACCAUUCUGAUUCAUUAUUGAAAUUUAGCAAAUCUGGAUGAGAAAGUAGAAACAAUGAUUGCUGCCUCAGAUCCACAGGAGUUUGUUCCAAGUGGACGGCAGCAAACAUUGAAACACCCAGGCCCCAAUGGGGUGCCCCCGCAAAAAAAUUUAGGCCAAACUGAGGACCUACUCCUUGAUAAAUUUGAAAAGGUUUCAAUAAAAGAGAAAAAAGACAGUGAAUGGUGGAUUUUGCGGAAAACCCCCUUGUUUGAGUCUGCGGCAAGUUGGUGCUACGGGACAAAAGACAGUUCUUGUACUAAAGUUAGUGUGAAUCAGGACUGUAAAAAUGACAAGUCUUACAGCUAUCAAAGCUGCGAUCAUUCACAAAAGACUAGCAAGAGAAUAUCUGAGAGUUUUUCGAAAUUUUCACUCAAGCAUGAAAGCUUGGCUCAUGGGGGGCCAAGCUAUGAGGGUUCUUUUGCCAAAAGUCACGUCAGUUUUAUGGAGGAUGAACUCUAUGUCAAGGGACACACGGCAGUGUGGUCCCGAGGGCUAAACAAUUGUGACAAUUUAGACAACGGUAGAAAAACAAUUUGUGCUUACACUUCCCUUCUCCCUAUAAAACACGCCGCUUGGUGCACUUUCCACUGCGAGCACCCCAGAUAUGAAACCGACGCUUUUCCUUUUUCUAACAAAGAAGAGGAAACUAAAGGCGUGCCGGUUCCUGCAAUUUGCAUCAUAAAUGCCCAUAAUAUUCACGUUUUCACCCAAAAAGGUGAAGAUUUCGUCACUGCUAUCCCGUUCCAAAUUAGCAAAAUGUGGAAUACGAAGUACGGAAUUUUUCUCGAACGGGAAAACGAAGGCCACAAUUCUACAACGUAUUUUGAAAACAGAGCUUCGCUCUAUUCCUUAGCUUUUCCCUUUGAUGAGGUCUGUCCUGUUGCAAUAAAUGUUGGCACACAUAUCCAAGUCCUGAAUAAUAAUAGUUUUAAAUUGGUUUACACCAGCGAAAAUCCAAGCAUUUGUAUGAUUUACGAUACUCAAACCAGGCAACACAGUGUUUACGUUAUUAGAAAAGUAACAAUCAACGAAAAGGUAGAGUUUGCAAACAGGAUGAACAGCACUUUCCCUUCAGCCACCAGUUUAUCUAACAGGUUGAAAAGUCGUCUUUCAAUGUGGGAUUGCGGAAAAAACUCGAAUUAUUUAAGCGUCCCCAGCCCUAUCAAUAGCCGGCCAGGAAGCGUAGCAAGUUUUUAUAACCAAAUGCACCACUCGAAAUCGCACAGCUCAAUGGCCACAAUCAGUCGAUGCCAGUCACCUGCCACUUCCUCUAUCGGAAGUCCGUGGUUGCAGAGAGCUUCGCGUUUGAACACUUCUAUUCCAAGUGGGCCCAGUUAUUGUGCACCAAACAACUGUUCGUUUUUCGACUGUUCUAAACUGAUGUCUUACCUGCACACAAACCCUCUUAUUUGUUUGGACCACCUAUGGACUGAUCCGAAUUUGACUCAAGAUGAUAACAUGUCGAGUGCCACAUCUAAAGUAUUUUUGUGCGACGACUUGACACACCAGUGGUACCUUUGCUACAUUUUACCAGUGAAGUGCCAGUUGUGUUUAGUCCAAAUCGACUUUACAGACCCGAGUAACAUUCGCUUUGGAAUGGUUAACAGUUUGAGUGUCAAAGACGCAGUGCCUAUUCCUAUGUGCCACAUGUUGGCCGUCCUGGAACACAACGGCAACGUCAGCCUCUACUCUGGCCUUACCCUAGUGGGGAAGCUGCACAUAGGGGGCACCCUCGUCCAGCACACCCCCUCGCCCUACGUCCGUCGCAACCUGGCUCAGUUUAACUCACCUUUCCCGAGACGGAGCAGUCUUUUGCCCCAUUGCAAACAACUAGACCCCAAGUUUGACGACCAUUUGCUAUCACCGGUGUUACCCGAGACAACAAACGUGUCUAACAUCCUCCAGCUGAACUUCCAGCACGAAAGCAAUUUGCCCAAAGCUGUCCUGAACGGUUUACGUGACCCGAUCGAAAACCGCAUCACUUUACGAUACUCUGAUGGCACUUACUACAGAAUCACUCUGCCCCCCUUGACUGCACACCCACUAAUUGAAAAUUGUGUAAUGGCGUUAAAGCAGUGUCUAAACCGUGACACCAUUUCGGUGGUUUUGACCAGAUGGUACGCCACUCGGAACGCACCAGGGGCCCAAGACAUGAAUCUCGAGCAAGAAUGGAAUGCGUUUGAAACGCUGCUUUUAGAAUUUUUGGGUUACGAGCAAGAUUUUGGUAACACUGAGGACUGCCCCGUAACACCUUGCAGUAACCCCAAGCGACAGAAACACUCAAGUGCCGGGACGGACGAGGAUUGGUUGUAUUUAAGCAAUUCGGACUAUGCAACGAAACUAGACAAGUGUCUCAAACAUACGUUGCUCCUCAAAUGCAACUCAAAUCCCCCCAAAAGCCACACUAGGACGCUUCAAAUUAAUGUUAAUUCGCUCCUUUUCCCGUUUAUUCGCUUGAUUUUGUAUUGUUUACACUUGUUGUAUGAAGAUUUGAAGUUGAAUGUGUUGCGAUCGGAUGACUUGAAACUGUUGGCGAUUUUUUUAAAUAAGAUAGCCAGCGAUUUAGGGAUGGUUGAGUAUGUGGUGCACUACUGGAAAGAUUUUCCCGAUUGUUUCUCGUUAAAUUCGAACGGAUAUAUCGCACCAAAUGAGUUAAAACAAGUACAUGAGUAUCCGUUUAUUGGCGAAACGCCGGCCAAUAUUAUGCAGUUUUUGUGCCAUUUGAUGCAAAAAGGGGAAGUGGCGCCCUAUCCGUUUGUAAAUCAUGUCAACAAUAAGUCAAAGGACAUCGUGCAGAUUUGCGGCAUCAUCUUUAAAGAACUUGGCCACAAGCCGGCCAAUUUGCUUAAGCUCAUAGAGCCCAACAUCACAUCUAACGGUAGCCCAGUUCUUCAAGAAGAACCAUCUGAGCUUUCGCCACCGGAACAAACACUUCUUUUAAUGACAUCGAAAAAAAUGACGGUUCGAGAUUUGGACACUUUACCUCCAGCGAUUUACCUCCUAAUAUACAGCACAUUGUGGAAAUGCCGAGAUAACCCUCCCUCGGACUUACCUUCAGACGCUUAUUACUUACUAUGGCGCGAUGACCUCGCUGUUCAAGCGCACAAAUUCCACAAAGAAAAACCCGAAACGACUUUAGAGAAAAUAGGAAUGUACACAACCCACGAACUGCCAGGCAUUGUCCUUACGUCCAAACCGGUCGAAAGUGAGCAACAAGACGGAAUGGACGACAUUGAAAACCCCUUAACCAAGCUGCGUUUUCCGGACGAUAUGCGAGUGGCCGAAGCCCGGAAAAUGCUGCAAAGCUCCAAACCCGUCCCGAUUGUCCUUGUGCAACGACCGGACGUGUCCGAUCAUGAUUUUAUCGAAGAGGAAGAAAAACACUUGUUUGCGAUCUGUACCAGAACCAUGGCCCUGUCAACAGGCCGAGGGAUGUUCACUUUGAGAACCUCGGCACCGGUUGUGACCGAACCGCUGCAAACACCGCCACUGUGCCUGACCGGGAAGGCGCCCCCGCGGGGCACGACAGUUGAGCUAAACCACAUCGAUACGCCCUCGAAUAUGAAUUUGUGGCCGUUGUUUCACAACGGUGUGGCGAACGGUUUGAGGAUAAAUCCCGAUGCGCACAAUGUGGACAAUACGUGGAUUGUGUUCAACAAACCGAAGGGUUCGAUGGAACAGCAGAUGGAACAUGCCGGGUUUUUAAUGGCCUUGGGCCUGAAUGGCCAUUUGAAAAAUUUAGAUGCGUUGAACACGUAUGACUAUUUGAUUAAGUUGCACGAAAUGACGAGUAUUGGGAUUUUGCUUGGGAUGUCUGCGGCUUUUAGGGGCACUUCGGAUUUGGGAAUGACCAAGACUUUGAGUAUACAUGUGGAAGCUAUGCUGCCCCCGACAUCGAUGGAGCUUGAUGUGCACCAAAAUGUGCAAGUUGCUGCAUUGCUAGGCAUUGGGUUAGUCUACCAAGGCACUUCGCACCGCCACAUUAUCGAAGUCCUGUUAUCCGAAAUCGGGCGUCCGCCAGGCCCUGAGAUGGAAAACAGCGUCGACCGGGAAUCAUACUCACUUGCAGCCGGAUUAUCGCUAGGCCUAGUAACUUUGAAGCAAGGCAGUUGCUCUCUGGGCUUGUCAGACUUGAAUAUUUCCGACCGCUUGCACUAUUACAUGGUCGGUGGUAACCGACGUCCCUUAACCGGCGCACAGAAAGACAAAUACAAAGUACCGUCGUUUCAAAUCCGGGAAGGUUCUUCCAUUAAUUUAGACGUGACAGCACCGGGGGCCACGAUAGCUCUAGGCCUUAUGUAUCUAGGAACUGGCAAUAAGGCCGUAGCUGACUGGAUGGCGCCGCCUGAAACACAAUAUUUGCUUGAUUUUGUGCGUCCUGACUUUUUAAUGUUUCGGAUAUUGGCGCGAGCUUUGAUUCUUUGGGAUGAUAUUGUGCCGAGCAAGGAAUGGGUCGAGGGUCAAGUGCCGGGUACCAUCAGGCCCUACUGUAUGCUAAAACCAUCACCGAAUUUGGAUAUUGAUUUUGAAGCUAUGAACCAAGCUUAUUGUAACAUUGUGACAGGAGCUUGCUUCGCCUUGGGUCUCAAGUACGCGGGUUCUGCGGACGAAAACGCCUUCCAGACUUUGCUCCACUUCUGCCGCAUGUUUACCAACCUGACGAUCAAAUCCAUAGCUGAAUUAGCCGGGAAACCGACCGUUGAAACCUGUCUCAAUGUCCUGCUAUUAUCGAGCGCGAUGGUGAUGGCGGGGACUGGUAAUCUUGAAAUCAUGCGUUUUGUGCGACUUUUACGCCGCCGAGUUGGUGUAGCUAGCAGUUCUGUGGUCACGUACGGUUCACACCUGGCAAUGCAUAUGGCCUUAGGUUUGUUGUUUUUGGGGGGUGGGAGAUACACGUUAUCUAACUCUCCGGGGAACAUUGCGGCCUUAAUAUGUGCUUUUUACCCGAAAUUUCCAACUCAUAGUAACGAUAACAGGUAUCACCUUCAAGCCUUCCGACAUUUGUACGUACUGGCGGUUGAGCCGCGUCUAAUAAUACCAAAAGAUGUUCAUUCUGGUAAAUGUUGCUACGCCUCUUUGAGUGUCGUUAAAUUGGACGGUACGAAAAGUUUCGUAAAAGCACCCGGGAUUAUCCCCGACCUCAGUAUGUUGAAAGAAGUGGCGAUUGAGGACGAGCGCUAUUGGCCUGUGGUUUUCAAGAGGAGCCAAAAUUGGAAUUCUCUCAUAACCAUACUCUCGACUAAUGGGUUCGUUGAAGUCAAGCAAAGGGCGGGCUGUUUGAGCUACAUUGCCGAUAAAUUGGGUUAUCACAGCCAGUUGGCCAAAACGUUAACUCAGUCUGAGACUGUACCGUGGAAUCCUUCAUCGUCGUCCAUCCUUUCGUUCACACACGACCAAGCUAUUAAGUAUUUCUGUGAUCAUUUUCUCUCAACUGAUAAACUAAGUCCGCAAGAAUUGAAAUUAACACGAAUGCUGACUAAAGCGACGUACGACGCUGUCGUGAAAGACAAACUUGUUGUCAUACCGGUUAUUAGUUUUCUGUUAAAGGUCGUUCGUGAUAUGAGAUUGUUACCAAACGCCUUGAACUUUUGGCAAGUCAAGUUGCUGUUUGCACAAAUAAUAUCAACUCCCUUAGCUUGUAAUUUAAUUCAACCGGAAGUAAUGUUGGCCAUAAAGCAACAAAUGUUAGAAGUUUUAGAAGAUUGGGAACCUGGCUUGGCCCCCGCCUUAGAAGCGUAUACAAGGGGCGCCGACUUGGCUUUUGAUAAAGAAACCUUGAAUAGGCUAGCCAUGUAUGUGAUAUUUUACGAUAUACCAUUUAGGGAAAGUGCAGAAGGUGAUCCAUUAGAAGUGAUGCUUAAACUUCAAGACAAAUAUUCCGUUAGUACCUUAGAGAAAAUUAUGAGGCUAAGGAUGUGAAAGAAGCUGUAUUUUUUAUAAAUAAAUGUGAAAUAAAACUAAUUUCAAGGUUUAA